GAGCCAAUGGCCGACGUGGUUGCUGCAAAGUCCAUUGCAAAGAAAAAGCGUGCUGUGGGUCGGGCCUGCGGCGGGCUUUUAGGGAGUGGUCCCUGGCGGUAGAGAGAUCUGCUGAUGAGUCCAGCCUCUGGUCUGGCCUCGUCGCGCUGCAAGGAUGCUCCUGGGGUUUCGGAGAGGCCGCAGGAAUCAGUUCAAACACAUCAUCCAUGGCCUUUUACCUGCAGCCAGCAUUGCUCCGAAGGCAGCUGUGCCCCGCACACCUCCUCCCCGCAGCCCCAACCCGUCCCCCGAGAGACCAAGAUCUGCUCUGGCAGCAGCCAUUCUGGCGACAACAUUGACUGGGCAGACGGUUGCCAUUCCUCAGCCUCGCCAGAGAUCCCGGUCUGAGAGUGACGUGAGCAGUGUUGAACAGGACAGCUUCAUCGAGCCCUACGCCACCACCUCAGAGCUAAGGCCUCGACCAAAUUGGCAGAAUGAAAUGGGAAGAAGAUCUUUGCCAUCCUUUGAAACGCUGGACUAUGGGGAAGAAGAGGACACUGAAACUCAGCUGUCAUCCGGCUGCAAGGAGUUGGGGUAUGUCGGUGCCCAGAAGGAUGAAGGAGGCCACGGUGAUGACGUGUAUGCUGUGCCACACAGAAAUCAGGUGCCAUUGUUAGAUGGGGUGGACAGUGAAGAUGAUGAAAGUAUUUCUGAUCAAGAUGGGUUUCCAGGCUCACCUCCUGCACCACAGCUGACACAACAAAAAGAUGAUAAACACUCUGUUCUGAAUUUAAAGGAUGAAAAACCUCCAUUACGCGAGAAACCGCCACCUUCCCCAGAUAUAGCUGGUAGAACACGUCAAAGACAUGCAGAAAUAACCAGAGAGAAGUUUGAGGCAUUAAAAGAAGAAAAUGUGCACCUAAAGAAUACGAACCAAAGCCUUACCCUUGAACUAAAUGCAAUGAAACAAGCAAGGAAAGAAUUACUGUUAAAACUUAAGGGAACGGAAAAAGAGAAGCAAAAGCUGGAAGAGGCUGAGAAGGCGGCGUCACAGGACGUUGCUGCCCCUGAGUUACUUUGUCUGCGAAAACAAGCUCAAGAACUGGUGGAUGAAAACGAUGGGUUGAAAAUGACCGUGCAUCGUUUGAAUGUAGAGCUCAGUCGGUAUCAGACAAAGUUCAGGCACUUGUCCAAAGAAGAGAGCUUAAAUAUUGAAGGCCUCCCAUCCAAAGGCCCUAUACCACCCUGGUUGUUGGAUACAAAGUACCUGUCACCAUUGUUGCUGGCUUAUGAAGAUAUAAUGAAAGAGAAGGACGAGCUCAAUGCCACCCUCAAGGAGGAAAUGAGAAUGUUUAGGAUGCGAGUCCAGGAAGUGGUGAAAGAAAAUGAAGAAUUGCACCAGGAGUUAAAUAAGAGUAGUCCUGUUACCACUGAGGAAUGGCGGCAGCUUCAGACUCAAGCAAAACUGGUUUUAGAGGAAAACAAGUUGUUGCUGGAGCAGCUGGAGAUUCAGCAAAGGAAGGCCAAGGACAGCCACCAGGAGCGCCUCCAAGAAGUUGCUAAGGUGACUAAACAGGUAAUGCUCCUGGAGAGGAAAACCCAGGACCAGGAAAAGGAGCUGGCAGAGAACAGGGAACAGUUGGAGAUUUUACGCGCCAAAUGCCGAGAACUCAAAACACACUCGGAUGGCAAAAUCGCAGUGGAAGUUCAUAAAUCAAUUGUAAAUGAAUUAAAAAGCCAGUUACAGAAGGAAGAAGAGAAAGAAAGGGCUGAGAUGGAAGAGCUGAUGGAAAAGCUGACAGUCCUGCAGGCACAGAAGAAGAGCCUGCUGUUAGAGAGGAACAGUCUGACAGAGCAGAAGAAAGCGCUGGAAGCCGAACUUGAAAAAGCACAGAAAAUAAAUAGGAAGUCUCAGAAGAAAAUUGAGGUCCUCAAAAAGGAGGUGGAAAAAGCCAUGGGGAACGAAAUGUCUGCUCAUCAGUACCUGGCAAACCUUGUUGGCCUGGCAGAGACCAUAACCCAGGAACGUGACAGUCUUAUGUGUCUGGCGAAAUGUUUAGAAAGUGAGAAGGAUGGAGUGCUCAACAAAGUCUUAAAAAGCAACAUUCGCCUGGGAAAGUUAGAGGAAAAAGUCAAGGGCUACAAGAAGCAGGCAGCAGUGAAGCUGGGGGACAUCAGUCACCGUCUGCUGGAGCAGCAGGAGGACUUCGCCGGCAAGACAGCCCAGUACCGGCAGGAGAUGCGGUACCUGCACCAGGUGCUGAAGGACAAGCAGGAGGUGCUGGACCAGGCGCUGCGGCAGAACAGAGAAAUGGAAGGUGAACUUGAAGUUGUUUGGGAAUCCACCUUCAGGGAAAACCGAAGAAUCCGAGAACUUCUCCAGGACACACUCACGAGGACAGGCGUGCGGGAGAACCCCAGAGCUCUGGGGGCCCCCAGCCUCAAUGGCGUCACUCAGGCUGACCUGCUGGAUGGCUGCAAUGUCAGCUCCUGCGACCUGAAGACUCUUGCCCCUGCCUGCCAGAGUCUGCGGGAGCCCGUGGUGUAGGCUCCGCUGGCCUGACAGGUCCGCCUCAGGCAGGCCUUCCCUGGAGGGCAGCCCACGGUGGCAGCUGGAGGCGGGUAAACCCACCGAGCACUGCAGGUCAAGGAAGAAAUAAAUGGUCUCAGAGUUUAAUCCAUUGAUAA